CUGCGCAGUAAACUAUAACUUCCCAAUCCCGAUCCGCUGCACUGACAUCAGACCUUUAGCAGAAUUCAUCCAAAGAUACCCGACCUCGGUGCUUCGUCGUUCACAUUGUCUGACUCGUGUAGCAAUGCCCCAACCGAAUCCGAGGUGGAUUUUUCCGAAUUGAGCAGCGGAUCCGACUCCUCGUCUUCCCUCUCAUCCGCAUCUGAAUCGUCGUUCAAGCCCUAUACCCCCGGCAUCCAAUUCCAACUCGAAUCUCUCCGCGCCGAGAACCUCUCCCUGAAACAGCUCAACGCGGAGCUGCGACAGAUCACGGUAGCGGCCCAGUGGAAAGCGAAGCAUAACGCGCAGCUGCGUGUGCAGGAUUACACACAAUAUCAGACGGAGCUGGAAUCUAUCGAGCGCGCAAACGAUCUUCUGAGUCAGGAGAUGGAGCAUGAGCGCGGGCGCAGGAGGGAGGCUGAGCGGAUUCUAGGGGAGAUACAUGGGGGCUUGACUAAUGAAGAAAAAACGGAGUUGGCAAAGGGGAUUUCCAAGUUCAAGCCCGAAUCAAGACAGUUGGCGAGGAUGAUCGAGUUUCUAUCUCUAAUCGUUCCAGGUCUAGAUGAGUCUACCACAGAAACAGAGCUCGAAAUCGGUUCACUUCCAAUCACAGCGCAAUUGAAACUGUACAAGUUUGUAGUUUUGAAACAGGAGCUUGAAGACUGGUAGCCGAAGAUGUAUUCAACCUUCCUUUCCAUGGAAUACGUUAUAUCGCGGACAGUUUGUUACAGAAAUACAUGGUUUGGUAACAUAUCCGAAGUGUAGCGAAAAGCCAGAAUCGCAACGCUAUUAGCGAAUCUCGAAGCGGAAAUAGGCCUUGUCCGCCACCGGACCACAUGCGAGACAAUUCAACAUCUCGGUUAGUGUCUGGGGAUCUGCACUAAUAAUUUAUCAUGCGGUGAGUAAAGGAUCCUGACGCAGAUCCAAGGGUGUUGGAGUUAAUAACGAGUAUUGCGGCCCGCAAAAGUCAACAAACUGUGUGUCGAGCGAGUGCGCCAGCUCAAACCCUCAUCGAAGUUGAGAGAUCCGGGAAAAAGCGAAAGAAGGCGAUGCAGCCGAGCCCAUGCCCUUCAUCAUGAUGACCGAGGGCAGGAGAAGCGGACGGAGGUGUCUCGAGGGUCAAUGACGCGCGACGACAAUCGACAAUCUGCAGUGCGUUAAGAGAACCGAAUGACGAGAAGCCCCUGAUUAUGGGGACGAGUUGCAGGUGAGCGGCCACUGCAAAAGCAGGUUGUCCUCGCCCCACAUGCAGCACGGCGGGAGACGACAGAUGCGCAAGAAACCCAGAUCGGGAUUCACUCGGGCGUGCUGCUCGUCCCCUUCAUCCCACUCUUGCAAAGACCGUUCACAUGCG